UCCAUUAAAGAUCCCUCUCGCGGGACUGAUCUGCCUGAAACAUCGCGAAGUUUCCGUCUGUUUUGUAUUUUGGUAGAAGGCAGGCAGAGAGGCAGCAGGCAGCAUCAGCAAAGCCGCGGAGGCGAGUCCAAGAAAGGUGGAGACUCCUGGCUAACUUCCUGCACAGUAAUCUUCAGGAGAGGACUGAGGAGACGGCCGCCGACGCUUGUUGCCCCUGCUGGGACUAAUGGAUAUAAGGCUCACCCGACUGCCUCUUCGGGAGUGAAUCGACGGAGACAAAAAGCAUUUUUGUUCUUAACUGCACUUACAUACCUGGCUGGAAGCUAGCUAGCGGUGACUGCUGGGCAAGAAGAUUCCCAAACAUUUGAUUACGAGGCGUUGCCAAGGAAAGGAAUGGAGGUUGUGGUGGAGUACGAAUAUGAGGCGCUCCAUGACGACGAGCUGACACUACGACCCGGUGACGUCAUCAAGAACGUCCGACACAUAAACGAGAAUGGCUGGAUGGAGGGAGACCUCAACGGGAAAAGAGGACUCUUCCCUGACAACUUUGUUAAGGAACUGAAAAAGGAUUCCAAAGAUGUCAAGGAAGCAAAAACUGAGCCAAAAGAAGAGACAUCUCAGCCUCAGAAGAGGGAGAAGAGUGCAGGUAAUGUGGCCAACCUUGUCCAGAGGAUGAGCAUCAUCGGUAUCCCCACUGGUGGCUUCCAGCCUCAGCCGCCUGCGGCUUCAAAGAAGCCGAAGAAGCGGCAGUGCAAGGUGCUGUUCGUGUACCAACCACAGAACGAAGAUGAGCUGGAGCUGAAAGUUGGAGACGUCAUAGACAUCAUAGAGGAGGUGGAGGAGGGCUGGUGGAGCGGCAGCUUCAACGGCAAAUCAGGACUGUUUCCAUCCAACUUCGUCAAAGAGCUGGAGGCCUCGGAAGAGGAGGUGGAGAGCAUUGAAAGCACAUCUGAUGAGACUGAUGGAAGUGCAGCAGAAGUCAGCGUCACGCCCACAUCGCCUCCGCCUGCAUCAGGAAACGGAGUCACCCAGCCCAGGAAGAUCCGAGGAGUCGGCUUUGGAGACAUUUUCAAAGAGGGGUCGGUCAAACUAAAAGUACGACUGCCCAGUCCUGAAAAAGAGGAGAAGAAAGAAAAAUCAGCCCCAUCAUUACCAUCAGCUGCAAAGCCCGCCCAUCCCAACAUGACAGACCCACAGAGGGCAGACGGAGACCUCAAACCCAAAGCAAAAGAGUACUGUAAAGUCACGUUUUCUUAUGAAGCCACAAAUGAAGAUGAGCUGACGCUGAAGGAGGGAGAAUUCAUCCACAUACUGAGCAAGGACACAGGAGAGCCAGGCUGGUGGCGAGGUGAAGUUGGGGGCAAGGAUGGAGUCUUUCCUGACAAUUUUGUCACCAUGGUUUCUGAAGCAGAGAGAGAGACUCUAACAUCAAGAGGCUCUGUGAAAUCUUCACCAAAGCAAGAUUUAGAGGAGAAACCAAAGAAACCACCUCCACCGUCAAAAAACGCAGCUCUCAAGCCGGAGGUCCCAAGUGCUGACAAGAAGCCUCAUCUCGUCAGGCUAGAGGAAAGAGGUGACAAGGUCACUCCAGAUCACAAACCCUCUAAGCCUGCGGCGCCGGUGGUCCCGCCUAAAAAGCCGGUCCCUCCUCCAGGAAAAAGCAAACCUGCAAUUAUCCCACCCAAGAGGCCCGAGAAGCCACUCGCUCCCACGCCAAGCCUCAAGCACAAUGGAGAGAUGCCUUCCAUACGACCAAAGUCUGACUUUGAACCGUUAUUGCCCACCAAACCCAAAUCCCUGCCAGGAGAAUGGGGGGAAAAGCCCUCAGAUACGGCAGAUCUGAUGAGUUUUGAUGAGUUGUCGUCUACCUCGGAGAAGCUCUCUCACCCCACCGCUAACAGACCAAAGAUGCCUGGCAGGAGGCUGCCGGCCCAGUUUGGCGGAGUACAGUCGCCUAACAAGGAAGUGAGCGAUGAGAAAUCCUUCAGAAUGGAUGAAGAGGAUGCAGCCAAACCAAAGCUAGCAGAAACCAGAAAGCCUUCCACAAACACCUUAUCCAAGUCGCCGUCGCUCCACAGGCCCACCGAGUCCAAGCCGAGCCCCGCGGCGGCCCCUGGCUCAGAUGUCGGCACCUCGCAGAGCAGCAGAGCCCGGCUGGAGCCAGAGGAGCCCAGCUCCCAGCUAGACGAGCUCAGAAGCCAGAUGAAAGACCUGCUGGUGUCUGUGGAGCUGCUCAAAGCUCAGCAAAUGAAAGAGAUAGCAGAGCUUCGAGGAGAGCUGGAUGAAGAGCGAAUAAAGCGUCUGGCCCUGCAGAUGGAGGUGGAGAAGUUAAAGAUGACCAUCCACUCGACGUGAAGCCUUUAACCUAAUCAACACCAAGCCUCAAGGUGCUGGCCCGUCAACCAAUCAGAGAGCAGGAGGGCGGCGAUGGACGGGUAGUUGAACAGACGAGGAGACAGCGGUGACUCACGAACCACCUCCAGCACAAUCCUUAUUCAUUGAUCUACAAAAACAAACUUUUCUGUAUUUGUAAGAUUUACAUUUUGCACAUAUCAUUUGUUUUCAAGCUAGGUGUAAUUAAGUUUCAGAUGUAAAUGUUUCUCUCUUUUUUAUUUUGCCAACACACAAAAAACAAACUGAGGCCUUACUUCAAACUACUGCUACUGGACACCUCUGCUCCUCUCUGCCCUUCACUCCCCGAGUUCUUCCAAGUCCUCGGGACGAGGUUGGCUCUCAGUACUACUGACUCUUUGUAAAGCAGGGGGUGAUUCUUUUCUUUGCCUAGCUUCUUUCUCACAUAUUUUUUAUGAUGCACAAAUAGUUGAUUUUAAAAAGUAAGAUGUUUGAUUUGACUAAACCUCUCGGGAUUCAGAUGAUUUAUUUCCUGCAUGCGGAAAGGCCGCAGCUCUUCGCUUCUUUUUUGUCUUUUUGUAUGUUUUCUAGCAUUUCUAUCCAGGGUAACACUACUGUGCCUCUUAAACACAAAACAUCUAUCUAGUGUUUGUAAUGGAAUCUGGAAAUAUUUGCAGCAUGAUAGUGUAUAUCUAUUUUUAAAUCUACUGACAUGCCUAGUCAAAUACUAUAUAGCGGGCCUCUUUCUAUGCUGGUCUCUUCUAUUUUUGUCACUGUUACACUGGCAAUGUUCUCAGUUUAGCCAGAGUUAGAAUUUAUAAUGCAAGCAUUAAAAAAAUUUAAAAGCAGUGGAGAGAUGAGGAAAAAAAACAAAAAAAACAAAAACAGGAGCCUCAUUUUGAUCUUUUUGUCUUCAAUCUGGCAUCUGUCCUUCAUUCCUGUUGCUGUCCUCUCUGACUCCUCCUCUCCUUACUUCCAUCCAUCUUUGAUUCAAAGUGAGUCAUAUGAUGAGGGGAGCCGUGUCUUUCUGCUUGCUAAUAUGUUAUGCAUGAGCCUGCACAGCAGGGAUCGGCCGUCUUGCCAUUUUAUGUGAACAUCUGUCUCCUUGUCUUGCAUCUCCUCCCACAUUCCAAGUUCACAAGUUAAGCUAACUGGAAGCACACACUAGAGCAGCAACAGUGAAGCACGCACAGACGUGUUCGUUAAGUCUUUUAGCCGAUUUCCAAGGCUUCGGCCGUGUGUAAAUGAGACAAUCGUGCUGUGUCUUUGGAAACGAGUGUCGGCAGCUGAGAGGAGGUCAGCUUUCCCACCAGCUGAAAUUAAUUGAUAAGAAUCAGAUGAUUUUUGGCUCAAAUUCACGAUGGAUCCUGCUGAUUCUUCAGCUCAUCCUUUGUGAUGCCAUGUAAAUCUUAAGCCAGAUGGCAAGUAUUAAAAUGUAUUCAGAGUUUUUGGUGUUUUCACUGUGAGAGCUAAUAAAUAAACUAUCAUUGCAUUAUUGGCAGUAAAAAAACCCGGACUGCAGCGUUAAAACCAAAUGCUGAACAAAGCUUUUUCUGAUAUUGGUGUAUGAGUCACUUAAUCACAGACAGAUGAUAGAUAAGUCUUUAAUUAUUGAAUUAGGUUUAUUUAGGGGCUUUAUUGAGCAUUGGAUGUGAUAAAUGCAACUGUACUGCAUUCAUUGUCUCAUCGUGGUGUACAACAGCUGGGUUAGUGUCAAUAAUAACAAGCUGCUGUUUAGUUCAGAUUCCUGCAGAAAAACAGCCUCAGCUGGAUUUAUUAUCUACUGACAUCCAGCCUAACAUGUUGAAUCAUGUUAGUAAACAGGCUGGAUUCAGUUGUUUUUGGGAGCAAAAAGAAGAAAACGCCUCUGAAAAACCUAUAAUCUCACACAUGGGCUUUAAGAUGCCUAAUGGCUCCAUUCACAGCCCACUCUAGUGGAUUCUUUCUAACAGUUUCAGGGCCAGUGGAUGAGCUCCUCUGUCUGCACCAUGCUGUCAUCAACAUUUUGAGAUGCUUAAACCAGUACCUGGUGUAAACGCAUCUGGCCUCUGUGGGACAUUUAGUUCCAAGUCACAGCGGGUUUUCAUUUGCAAGACAAAUGUUGCGUAACUGUUUUUCAUCUGUAGAUGUUACAAAUGCAAAUCCUGCUCAGCGUUACUUCUUGUGCGUAUUUUUCUUUUCUUUUAAUGUCCUUUAAAGUAUAUCACAAAUGUCUUAAAAAAGUGUUACUUUACCUUAAAAUCCUCCUCAGGCUUGAUUUGACAGAUCUGGGAUCCAGAGUGCUUUGAUGAAGUUAAAAGUUCAUAUCUGACCUUACUGAGCAUGGCACUUGUUCAGUGUGCCAUGCCAAGUUUAUUUCUAGUGUGUUCUCUUUAAACAGUACGGUUGGCAAAUGAAAUGAUCAUAUUGUGGGAACAGAGAGGUGGUGGAUCGAUUAGGGCUCUGGCUCUUUGUGAUAUCUGUAAUAAAUCUCCACAUUUACAUUCCAGACAAGAAAAACAAAAGUAAAUCUGCACAUUUGUAACAUAUUUUCCAGUGAUUUUGUUUACAAGAGCUGUAUCCUUGCAUGAGCUGAGAUUCUUUGCAGAAAUGAAUAAAUAUCUCUAUUUA